AAAUCGAAUUUGAGGACAAAAAACAGAACAUCUGUAUUCACGCCAGCAUCUGCAGUCUGAACUUGUGUCGGCAGCCCGAGGCAGGUCCUUGCUGCUGCACCAGCGUCGACCUCACAGCCUCUGCUCUACUGGAGAUGCACUACAGAGAGGCUGUGAUGACGGAGCGGCAGAGCGGCUACGCUAACGUCGCUUGACACCCGGAACCACGCCGUUACUGCUCUGCCGCCUCUUUGCCGCGUUGAAAAGCAUUUCUUUGCGUAUGCUGCUUACAUCCAGGGGUGGUCUCCGAUGCUCCCAGUAGGCUCCUUUCGCACACAUUUUGAUCCAACUUGGUGCAAGCUAGCGUCGGCCCGCUGCAGCUACGCUUCAGACCUUCAAGUGUUCUCAUAAACAUGCGGAUCAUCGAGGCGGAGAGCCCGGGGACGCCUCAGACAUUAAACGCUUCCUGCUGGACCAGAGUUUCGACCGGCCGCUGACCCACUCACCGCAGACUCUGUAGACGAGAGAGUGGCAGGACUCUGAGACUGGAUUGCCUGCUGGACUUUGUACCCCUCAGACAAACCUUCAGGGACCAUGUUGACCAUUCUCGCUGCUGGGUCUGUGUUCUUUCCAGGCCUCUUCUUACUUUCCAAACAAUGCCUCAAGUCCAUCCCAGCACUGAGAUGGAGCGAAGGAGAUGCAGUCAUUGUGUCUGCCAGGUUGGUGUCGUCAGUCCAGGCUGUCAUGGCUUCUUCCGCUGGCUACAUCAUUGCUUCCUCUUGCGAGGAUAUCAUUGAGGACCAACAUUGGCUGACCAGCACUUACAUCAUGUUCGCUGUUCCCUACUUUGUGUAUGACAUCUACGCCAUGUUCAUGUGCUACUGGUACAAGCUGAGGGUCAAAGGGCACGAAGAGGCGUCUGCAGCCCCCCAACAUAUGAGCUCUGCUCUGACCAGCUACUUGCGUCGCGAGUUCCUCAUGGUGCUACACCAUGUUGUCAUGGUCACUGUCUGCUUCCCAGUCUCUGUGUUUUGGCGUCAAGGAAAGGGAGAUUAUUUCCAGGGUAUAAUGUUCAUGGCUGAGCUCAGCACUCCCUCUGUCUGCUUAGGAAAAAUACUAAUCCAGUACAAACAGCAACAUACUCUCCUGCACAAAGUGAACGGAGCUCUAAUGCUGAUCACUUUUUUCAUCUGUCGAGUCCUCCUCUUCCCUUACCUCUACUACGCCUAUGGAAGGUACGCCUCUAUCCCCUUUCACAUGGUCCCGUUCUCGGUGCCGUGGCACUGUAACCUCGGCGCCGCUCUGCUCAUGGCUCCCCAGCUCUACUGGUUCUCCCUGAUUUGCCGGGGCGCUCUGCGACUGUUUACGGGCACCUCGCGCUCUCGGAGGCCGCGCUCUUCGACCGCCGCACCGAAGGAGAGCCAGAUGGGCGGCGGUGGCGCCAACGGCUACAGCACUCGCUCAACGGAGCACGAGCUGGCCACUCACUGAGAGGAGUGGACGGGGAGGGCAGGGAGGGAACGAGGGAAGGCAAAUGUACUUGUGAGUUUGUAAAAACGAAGAAAGCUGCUGGUGGGUGAAAGUCAGACCUGAAACAUGUAGCAGUGUGACGAAAGCUACAGAGAAUGGCCUCAGGAGGGCUGAAGACUUAGGGGGGCCAGUUGUCACAUCCAAGCCUGGGCCACAUUGGAGCGAGUUUAGCGUUUUCAAUCCUCACCCGUGCGCGUUCUUUUGGCACUUCUUAAACAGUACGUUCUGUUUACUGCUUUACCCUUCUUCUUUUUUUUUUUUAAACUAUUAUUUAAUUAUUAUAUUUUUUAAACUCCUGUUCUCAAAAACAACACAUCUUGUGCACUAGAAAAGAAAAUGAUUUUUUUUUUCUAUUUUUUUUUUCCCCCACUGUGAAACAGUUGCAGGACUGGCAGUAGUAGAAAGGAGUAGUUUUGACUUUUCGAUAAAAAAAAAAAUUUGCCCCGGGGUUACUCGAAUGUGAAACUCCAGUGGGUACAUGAAAUUUUAAAUAAGUAAUUUUAGAAAAAAAAUAGCAGUUGAAUAAAUGUUUUAAAUACCUCAAAGGAAGGUGAAAGAAUAUUUAAGUACAUUUUAAAAGAUAGAUGGGCCAUACAGUACAUUAGUGGACACUACUGUUGCCUUACAACAAGAGACUCUAUUGGCGGCGUGUUCAUUCCUUGUGUGCCUGGGGGUUUUCUCCGGGUACUUUUGCUUCAGCCCACAGUCCAAAAACAGCGCAGCGUUUUUACGAUGAGAUAUUUAACAGGAACCGCGUCGCCGAAAAAAGCCUUGAAAACCACUGUUUUUGAUGAGGUUUAUAUUUGAGUUGGUUGUUGGUUGUCGAUUUUUAAAUGACGCACGGCGCACUUCUCACAACCUCCACUGUGGCCCAGACUCCACAGCUCGACGACGCGGCUACUGGCCAACGAGUACGUCGGCUUCUCGGCCGGUCGGAAACAAACGAAUGGGUUUUUGCACACUCGGUAAUCAAAGACAUCAGCGGGCACUGUGACGGACGGGAACACGCACUGAGCUGAGAGGAACUCGCCCUGGAUGUAUAGAAGCAUAGGUGGCUCUUUUUUUUUUUUUUUUUUUUUCGUUGACUAGAUCAAACUAUGUCCUCUCUGAAACUAGGAAUGUAUUAUAUUGUAUGUUAGUAACUCGCUGUAGAUAGAAGGCCCCUCAUUAUGUUGAGUAAUGAAAAAGACCUUCGAGGAGAGAAAAAAAAAAACAAACCAACCAACCCCAGGCUAAGCAGUAUUUUGACUUGUUAGUGUUUAUGAUCUGUAUCCUCUAUGUAGUCACUGUCACUCUUACAAAAUGUAACCAACCUGCAGACUGACUCAUCUUUAGAAGGGAGGUAUUGACGCAAGACUGUAUUUCCUGCCUUAUCCAUUUCCAUUUGAUUGUCCUUUUGCGUUUUUCAUUUUGAGCGAGGUUUCCCCCUCUGGCAGAGCCGUGCGAUUGGCCCCUUGUUAUGACAGUAUUACGUCAGUGUUCGUUUUUUUUUCUUCUGUUUGUGUUUUAUUUCUGAUAUCUGUGAACAGUAUUGUUUUAGAAUUCACACAAAUCAGUUUCAGUUCUCACGUAGGCAGAUGACCCCUGUUUAUUGAUUGGUUGAUUCAUGAAUAUUUUUGUCUCGUCCUUCACUUGUUUCCCUUAGACAAAAAAAUGACAAAAGACUGGCCUAAAGAAAUAGCCAACAUCAGUCUUUUAUCUCUGAAAAUAUGGCAUUGUUUUGGCAUCGCUUCGAUCAAAUCGAAUCACAGAGCAACACAUUUGAACUUAAUAGAAACGGCAGCAAAAAAAAGAAAG